GUUCGGACAACGCCGGCUCUCAAAGCACGCCGCCCCGAUGUUUCUCUGUGUCUCACUUCCAUGGUGACGAAUCCAAACCGGAGAUCAUCGGCGCUCUUUUCAAACCUCUUUAGCGCGGAAAGAUAAUAGCCGUGGAGUUAUCGAUUAUUUAAACUUAACGGAGAGCAAGAUGUAAUGCCAGUGAGAAACACGUAAAAUGCGAAUUAUUGAUCCCAACGAGACACUUAUGUCGGGUAUGUAGAACCAAGUUAGUCAGGCUGGCUGUCAGCAAAGCACUGCCUGCCAAUGCAAGUACCACAUCACAGCCAUGAACAAUAACGCCGAGAGGAAAUUCGUCAAUUUGAGGAAACGUCUGGAUCAGCUGGGCUACCGACAGCCGCUGGGGAUAGAAUCUCUGCCAUUAGUGGAGAAACUAUUCAGCGAUCUGGUCCACACUACUGAAAGCCUACGCAAUGCCAAACUGUCAGCAGGAAAAACCGAGAAGGAGAGUCGAAACUUUGAUGCUCUCCUGGAGCCAUACAGGGCAGAGAAUGCUCGGGCUGUUAGGGAGAACAAUGAGUUGCACCAAGAACUUCUCAAGCUAAAGGAGGAAAAUGACCGUGUCACCAGAGAGCUCAAGACUGAGAUCAGAAAACUGGACCAUGAGACAUCUGAUUUGAAAUUUUUAAAUAAUCAGUAUGUGCACAAAGUUCGCUGCUUGGAGAAGGAUAGCAAGGCUAAAGCUGAGCGCAUCCAACAGCUGCAGGAGAAGAACAUGCAAGCUGUGGUGCAAACACCAGGUGGAAAGAAGCGCAGCAUCCCUUUCAGACGUCAGAGAAUGCAGAUUGAUGAGCUCAUACCUCCCUCUUCCACAUCAGCUUAUCCAGUGUCGCAGCCUGAUGAUCCGUAUGUAGCUGACCUACUGCAGCUGGCAGAUGGAAGAAUUCAGGAGCUACAGGAAGACAUAAUAAAGGUCAAACUAGACCUGGAAAAUGCUCAGGAAUUUAUAAAACACUUAAACACACAGGUGGAGCUGAGAGACAAAGAGAUUGAGCGUCUGACUCGUGCUCUUCAGGGAGGACGACCUCAUGAUGUAAUUUCCCUCGAGGCUCAGAAUAUCAGCAAUGAGAAACUGAUCUCCCAUCUUAACCUACAGAUUGAGUACCUGCAGGAGACCAACAGGACACUGGAGCAGAAGGUGGAGGGACUGCAGCAGAAGAAGAAGGAUGCCUCAACAGAAGUGGCCAAUCUGUCUUUAAAGAACCUGGAACUGUGUGAAGAGCUGACACACAUAGAUGACCUCGCGAAGCGUCUGGAGAUGGACAAGGAUCGUGUGUUGGAAACUGCUGACCUGGAACUGCAAGAGACUAAAAAAGAAAUUCUAAGGCAACAAAAAAUCAUUGAAGACUUGGAGCAUAUCAUCGCCAAAGCAAGAAGGGAGCAGUCUGAAGGUGACUUUGAAAAAGACCGUCUCAGAGACCAGCUGGUGGAGCUCAAGGAGCAAAAUGAGAAAUUGGAGGGACUGGUGAAUUUCCUGGAGGAGGAGAAAAUCAGGCUGCAGGACAAAAUGGCAAAAAUGAUGGCAGCUGACAAAGACAUGGUGUUGGAGUUGGAGUCCAUGAGGGCUAAACAUGGUGUCUGUGGAAGAGAACGCUCCCCAUCACGACUGGAUGCAUUUGUCAAGAGUCUGGAGGAGGAGAGGGAUUACUAUCGCCAUGAGGCAGAGCGUUACAAAAGAACCAGAGGGGCUGGUGGUCUGGAUUUAAGCCCCAGUCGUAGUCCAGGCCGGGGCAGGAGUCCUUGGUCCAAAGUAACAAUGGGAAGUGUUACAGAGACAGAACUGCUACGUAUUGUAAAGGAAAGAGAUGAGCUGAGAGCUGCUCUGUUGGACUUUGAGAAGCACAUGGAGGACAUCCAGGAUAGUGUGAAGACUCUGAGCACUGAGAGAGACCAUUUCAAAACACUGUUUAAACAAACUGAAGAGGACCUAAAGCUGGCCCGUAGCAAAGAUAUGUCAGCUGACCUCUUGAAAAUGAAGGAGGAGAUCGAACAGGCAGAAACUGAAAUCCAGCAGAUGAGCGCUGAAAGGGACAUACUGAUGGAGAGAUUAAAGGUUGCCCAGACUUCAGCUCUCACAGACAGACAAGUAGAGGAGAGGAGGAUUCUUGACCUGGAGAAUGCCGUGAAAAGUUUGGAGCGGGAGAGACUGGACCUGCGGUCACAGGUGUGUCUGCUGAAGGAGAACAGAGAAGCUGCAGAGGAGGAGCUGAAGGUUCGGUCUGCUGCUUUGGUCCAGAACACAGCGGAGGUCAACCAGCAGAGGGCUGAGUCUAAUGCUCUGAGGCUGCUACAGGAGCAGAUGGAGCAGUCACUGUCUGAUACCCAACACAGGCUGUCUGUGAAGAUGAAUGAGCUGCAUGCUGCUCAUGAGCAGAUUGAGAAACUAGAGGAGAGAAUGGGGGAGCUGAGUCAGCAGAGCUCCAAACACAAAGAGGAAGUGGCUCUUCUUCACAAGUCCAUUUCUGCCCUGGAUAGAGAAAAAGAUGCUCUGCAGGAUGAGGUGGAUCAAAAGACUGAAAAAUUGGUCAUUCUCCAGGAGGAGAACUCUAAAAAGGAACAGACCCUUAAAGAAGUGAGACUCACAGUCACAAACAUGGACAAUUCACUAGCUCAGCUGCAGGGGGCGUUAAACAGCCGCGAGAGGGAGCUAACCAGCCUGAGGAGACAGCUGGAUGCCUGUCAGGAUGAACUGGCUGCACUCAGAAGAGACAAAGAAAUCACAACCAGAGAGAACAGGAGGCUGCAAGAUGACCUGGCUACAAUGACCAGAGAGAACCAAACCGUACAUGUGGAGAUGGAGGAGGCUCUGCAUGAGAAGGAUGAGCUGAAGUUGAGGGUCCACUCUUACAUUUCUGAAGUGUCCAGAAUAGAGAAGCUGAUGGCCACCAAGGAGCAGGAGAACAGGGACUUGUUGGAUCGUUUCAGGAUGGCCCACUCUGAGAUGGAGGAGCGGGAGCAGAAGUUGCAGCAGGCUGAAGGCCUCAAUAGCUCCAUUCGUCUGGAGCUGCUCUCUUCAGACUCGGAGCGCAGACACCUCCGCGAUACUGUCCACAACAAGGAGAAGGAAAUCCAGCAGCAUACACAGGCCCUGCAGGCUUAUGAGGCCCAAGUGUCCUCACUGGUUCGUGGGAUGUCGCGACUAGAGGAGGAGCUACACAAAGCACAGGAGGAGAAGGCUGCUCUCCUGUCAGAUCUGGCAUCUGUCAGGGAGCUCUGUGUCAAACUGGACUCUGGCAAGGACCUCGCUGCACGUCAGCUCACCUCCAAGAACAUGGACCUAGAGAGGGUCACAGGAGAACUGGAGGAUGUUCGGUCAGAAGCAGAGCUACUUAAGAAACAACUGGCUAGUGAGAGGCUGACCGUCCGCAACCUUGAGACGCUGCUCUCCACCAAUCGGCAAAAGGAGUUCCAAAGCCAACUGACAGCCAGUGAGAGAGAGUCUGAGCUGAAGGUCCUUCGUGAUAGGCUGACCCUGGCUGACAGCAAAACUGCAGAGCAUGCAAGGGAGGUGUCUCAGCUCCGUGGCAGAGUCUCUCAGCUACAGACGGAGAUGGACGUCCUGAAAAGACAGUUGACCACUGAACGUUUUGAACGUGAAAGAGCAGUUCAGGAGAUGCGCAGACAGGGUGUGUCCUUCUCACCCCUGCAAAGUUCACUGCCCCUCAGUGUCUCCUCCAGUCCUCAUCAUAUCUCCCCAGAACGCUCUAUCCUCCGAACUCUUAACCGCUCCACUGACAAGUCAACAGACAGAAAUGUGAGCUUCAAGGAUUAACUGAGCUGAUUGACAGACAAAUGAAGGAGUUGAUGAGUGAGUCAGACACUGCAAGAAGCUUGUGCUUGACAUGAAUUGUAAAGGCCUUUGGUUAAAUUAGCAUUCAGCUUUGAGAAUGAGUUUCUGAAGUUUGGCCCUCAGCAACUACAACCUCAUACAGGUAGCAAGAGAAGUGUUUGUUCAGCUCUGUGGUUAUGUGUGUCAUGCUAACAUCCAUGUUUUUAAUGUUGUUUAAAUUAAUAAAUUAUUCACAAAAUAAAGCGAUACACUAAAAAAGAAAUUGCAGUGAUGUAAAUCACAAAAA